CCGGUUUAAUAUAAAUAUUGAAAUGUAUUUGUGUUUGCAUACUUGAGCUCGGCCGACAAAGGUAGGUAACAAUUCACUCAUAGAUUUUUAACUGCAUACAAAAUUUUACAACAUAUAUGUUUAUAAACGCUCCAAUUUGCCAAUAUUGAUCUCAUCCUUCUGCAUUGGCGGAUCGGGGGUGGACACCCGGGCUAGGGCAGGCUAUUUGGUCCGAAUUGUUUGGUUUUACCCGAAACCGGAACGUAUAACCUGGACCGGGACCUGACUGGAACCAGAUAGCAAACAAUCCAAUUUCAUAUUCGGGCUUAGAUUUGAGGUAAAAAAAACCGGGAUAAAGACCGGAUUAGAGACCCCAACACUCAAAUCCCCACAAACUCAAUCUAAAAUCAAGAUCAAAUUGGGACCGGACCGGAUUAAAACCGGACUGUAUCCAAUCCAAUCUUUGGUUCUUAUAUUCCCGAAAAGACCGAACUGGGACCAGAUCAAUUCGGUCCAGUUUUACCGGACCAGACCGUAUAGCCACCCCUACCUCGGGCCACGACCCAGCCCUUCUCUGCAUCCGGAACUAGUAUAGCCCUUAUGCAUUUAUCCAUUUUAGUAAUUCGGGCUAGUGUUAUUUAUAAUAAAAUUGUGUGUAAUUAGGAAAAUGGGUAAGAUGAACAUAUUCAAAUCAUAACUCUAAAUUUAGUCUAGAAAUUCUAGCUCAAAUGAGUCUCGUCUAAAGAAAAACAAACAAUGAAACCUAAAAUGCAAAAAGUCUAAAACAUAAGGCUAAAAGAAAUAUGAGAUUUGUUCACUUGAAAAAUAACUAGAGCAGAUGGUAGAAAUAGGGAUGGAUACACAAUAUAAAUUGAUUAAUCGAUUGAUUUGUCUAGUGUUGACAUUGUCCGUUUCAACAGCUACUAUGGAGAGAACCUUUUCAACAAUGGAACAGGGGGGAAAAUUAUUUGCACAACAAAAUGAGCGAUGAAUUUCUCACCGAUUAGUUAACUAUUUUAUUUGAAAAAAGAGUAGUAUGCGAUUAGUAUGAAUGUAGACUCCUUUAUUGAUGAAUUUGCUAUAUUAAAAGAUCGACGUGUACAAUUGAUAUUGUAAAAAAAAUUAUAAUUUUUUGCGGCAUCUAGUUUUCUAAUGAAAUGCGGCUCAGUGCUCUACUAUGUACUGGAUCCGCCGCUGUCUUUCUGGGCUUUUCUUUCCUGGUAAAAGAAAGGAUGUCGGCUGUAGCAAGCCCAAUGAGAAGCAGGCUGAAGCCCACUCCAUGACUCUAUUUAGGGCCGCACUUCGUAGUCCAAAUUUGGCGGGUUUGGCCCGGGAAAAGCCCGAGCAACCCGCUCCCGGUAUUUUUUUUGUCCUCUCUUUCGGCUAGGGCAGUUGGUUCGCAGGGAGAGAAGUUGCUAGGGUAUAAAUUGCAGCAGAAGCGCCCGGAAGAGGGUUUUAGGGCGUAAAAGAAGAAACGUAGCCGUAGAAGAGGGCUCUUUUUCGGGCGACCAAACUUUAUCUUCCUCAGAAAAUCUUUCCAAAGGUACGCGGAUUUACAGACUCCCCCAGAUCCCCUCAACCAAACCCUAGGUUCUUCUUCUCAUUCUCCAUCACUGCCCGGUUCGUCUCUUGCCCAGAAGCUGCUUCACUUCCCCGAUUCACUGUUCCUGUUCCCGGUUGUUGUGAAUUCGUCUCUUCGUCUGUCUCGCUGACGAUUCGUGAUGUUGUGUUUUCACUGUGUUUGCAGAUGGAUCGGUACCAGAGAGUUGAGAAGCCGAGAGCUGAGACUCCUAUCGAUGAGAACGAGAUUCGAAUUACUAGCCAGGGAAGGAUGCGCAGCUAUAUCUCCUAUGCCAUGAGCCUGCUUCAAGUAUGGAUUCGCUGUUUACGCUUCUCCAAUUUUUUACUAUCAGUCUGUUCUUCCAGCGUCUCUGGUUUGGCUUUCCCGCUCUGUUUUUGGCCGUUGUGCGGUGUAAGUUUGGCCUGUUUGUGUUUUCUGCUUCUGCGGCGUGUUUGAACGAUUACUGAGAAUUAGGGAGUAGAGGUUGCGGCGCCAUAUUCAAGGUUGUUUAGGGCCUAGCUGUUUGGAAGCUUCAAUUGUUAGGCUUAAUAGUGGUGUUUAGUGGACAAAAUGACAUUUGUUGACUAAGUAAUAAAUAUGGGAAUGAUAUGAAUCACUUACUUAGCCUUCCGAGCACCUGUCUGAUGCUUUUCGAUAUGGGAAUGAUAUGAAUCGGCUCUUUUGUAACAAAUUACGUGAAGAGGGACUUCAAUAACAGUGCUCAAUGCUUUCUGAAGGAGAAAGGUGCAGAUGAAAUUGUAUUCAAGGCAAUGGGAAGGGCCAUCAAUAAGACCGUGACCAUAGUGGAACUUAUCAAGGUUUGUUGUUCAGUUCUUGAGUUCACUAAUUGCUAAGGUAAGUUGCAUGGUCUUGUCUAAGUUGGAGUAAAGAAUGAUGACAUGUGUUUUGUACUUGUAAUACAGAGGAGGAUCGUUGGCCUUCAUCAAAUUACAUCAAUUGGGUCCACUGAUAUAACAGAUACUUGGGAGCCCCUCGAGGAAGGACUUCUUCCGUAAGGACAUACUUUCCCAAACAUGAAUUGGGGUUUUUUUUUUUUUUUGCCAUGACCUUAUUGGUUUUUGACCUCCAACCCCGUAUUCUUAUGCAGUUUGGAGACUACAAGGCAUGUGUCAAUGAUUACAAUAACGCUUUCCAAGAAGGAAUUGGAUACAGCUUCUGUUGGGUGAGUUUAAUUGAUUAUGAUCAAAGGAAUGUUUUGUGUCUAUGAUGUAUCUUUUCAAACUGUUUGGUGAGUCCUUUUAUGUUUUUCAUUUUGAGCUUAUUGUAGCUGUGAAAUCACAAUGUUUUUUGUUUAAACUUGUGAUGUGUAUCCCUUUUUAGGCCCGGUUCCAAAAUUUAUCUAUCCAUUCAUAUUGUAUAGCCAUCUCUCUACUGUUUUGGAAUCUACAUUGAGAGGUUUUAGGAUCGGGGAUUAGGUAAUAGAUGCAUUGUUCAGUUGACAGUUUGUUUAGUUCGGACAUGUUGCAGCCUUUGGUUGGCUUUUCUCCAAGCUAUAACAGUUUCCUAUUGUGGCAAAAAAUUUACUGCAUCUGGUUAUUGUUGAUGUCCUCAGUAGUUAGAUCCUUCUCCUAGGUGUGGUCGUUGCGCCAGUGACUAAUAGUAGCCAUUUUUGGCAUAUUUUGCUACUACUCGUAUCUAUCUAUUCUUACAUGCUGCUGUUCCAUUCAGGUAUCAGCCCCCUUUACCUGAAGACCAGGUGAAAGCCUCAACAGAUUAUGAAUAUGAAGGAGAGGGAUCUCCUAAUGGCCGAGGGAGAGGUCGUGGUGGCAGGGGAAGGUCAAGGGGCAGAGGGAAUGGAUAUGUGUCUGGUGAGUACGAAGAUGGUGGUUGGGACCAACAAGGCUAUUCCAGGGGCAGGGGUCGAGGUCGGGGUAGAGGACGUGGCGGAUUCCGCGGCCGUGGUAGAGGUGCUUAUAAUGGUCCUCCUCCUGCUGAACCACAACAGGAAGAUGGUGGCUUCUAUGAUGCUCCUCCUCAAGCCCGUGGGCGUGGCCGUGGGAGAGGUGGAUACCGUGGAAGGGGCCGUGGUGGAGGUAGAUCGAAUGGACCAGCAAUCCAGGCGGCUGCUUGAUAAUGAGACGUUACGGUCUUCAACUGGGGGAUUCUGGUCUCCCUCUUGAAUGAAGUUUUCUUCUCCUGGCAAUGUUUUUAUCAGCUCGUUAUUAUCCUCUUUUUGUUUGUUCUUUCCAAAAUUUUGGGAUUCUGUCGCGCGCUUGUUUGCCGGUUUGGUGGCAAGUUAGAGAUUCUCUGUGUUUAACUGUUAGGACAUUUUCUUCCCAUAUAUGUGUAACCACAGUUUAGACUAAUCCUUUGUAGUCUGAAAUUUGUUGUGUUUUAGGUCUUUUUAGAUUGUGGUUGAACAAAUAACACUGUAACAA